AUGAUAAAUAGUAUUGAGAUUUCUCCUAUAAAAAUGUCAAAUGGUAUUAAAUGAUGUUUAUAUGUCAGAGUAGAAAUAAGACAUUAUGAAAUCAAUAUUGAAAGAAGAAUCAAUGAUCAACAUAACAUUAAAACCUAUUGAGCAAGAGAUUUUCUUAACUGAAGAUCCAUAAGUGGCAUUGAUUAAAUUAAAAUGUUUUUAAGAACUAAUUAACAAAGAGAGGUAACUUUUAAAUCUGAGAGUAGAUUAGCAUAUGCAGAACAUCUAGCUGAAGUAUUUGAAAUGAUAGGAGAUGAUGCAUAUAGAAAUUUAGGGUUUAUCCUUUAGUAAUUUGUAUACAUAGUUUUAAACCUAUUUAUAAGGUUAAUGAUUCAUAUUCAAUCUAAUUGUCUAUUAUUAGAUAGUUGCCUGUUCUUGUAGAAUAAAUUAAGAAACGAUAAUCAGGAUAUUUGGAAUUAAAAGAUCAUGUUCUGCCAUUUAUGAAUAUUUUUCUUGAACAUUAAGACUUUGAUGUAAAAGUACAAAUGAUGAUUAGAUUAAAAAAGAAGUUUUGACUUAAUUACUAAAAAUAGCACCAUUUUUAAUUGAAUCUGAUAAAGUUGAUACAAUUUUGGCACAUUUGAUUGAAAUGGCUCAUGAUGAAAAAAAUAACUAAAAUAGAAUAUUGGCAGCUGAAACAUUUGGUAAAACAGCUUCUCUCUUUUCAAUAAAGUAUUGUGAGUCUUAUAUUUGUGGAGAACUUUUAUCUCUUGGAAUAGAUUUAAAUGAAUUUGUAAGAGAAAAAGCUAUUGAAUAAUUACCAUAUAUAUCAGUAAGUCUUUCUUAGAAAUGUAUAGAGUUGAAAAUUGUGCCAUUCUUUCUUAAGUAAAUAAAAUAAUCGAUAUUAUUUAGAUCUUGUGAUGAUAGACUUUUAUAAAUAAAAUUAGCAUGUAUUAAAUCAAUCUCAGGUAUUUCUAAAUAUGCUGGUGCUUAAAUAAAGACUUAAAAAUUAAUUCCAAAGUAUUUAGAAUUUCUAUCUGAUUAAAAUAAAGAAGUUCGAAAAACAGCAUAUGAAUAUUUAGGUGAAUUUAUUAGUACAAUAAAAUUUACUGAGAAUGAUUAACAACAAUUAGAUAUUCUUUUAGCAUACUAUUAAAAUUAAUUAGAUAAAAAUAUUAAUAUGAUGGGAGUUGAUGUAAAAUCGAUAUUUUAAUAAAUUAUAGCUUGUUUAUAAAUGUGCAUAUUAUUUUCCAGGAGUACUCUAAGCUAUAGGUCGAAAUCGUUGGUAAUUGAUUGAAUCUUUGUAUGGAUUUCUUUUAAAAUAUCCUUCAGAUGUAAAUUAUAUAUCUAUAAUUAAUUAAGAAAGUUAAGAUAUCAUUAGCAUAUAGUUUUCAUGAAGUAGCUAAAAUAUUAGGUCCAGAUUUAUCUAAAUAAUAUUUGAUCAAUGUAUUAGAAACACUGGCUUAAGAUAAAUUGUAAGAAGUCAGAAAUGGAAUUAUAGUGAAUCUAUCAAAAUUUAUAUCAAUCUUUCCUAUUGAAGAAAGGGAUUAUGUUAUUGAUUUGUUACUUAGUUUCUAAAAAGAUUAACACAAAUGGAGAACUCGUUAGAUUAUUUGUACAUCUAUUUUCCCAAUUACCAGAUGUUUUAAUAAUGAUACUAUCUUUUUUCACAUUGCCCCUAUUCUAUUCAAAUUUUGUUCAGAUACUGUUGCUAAAGUAAGAUAAAAAGCUGCAAAAAAUGUUGUUCAUUUAAUUGAAACUUUUGAGGAAGAAGGAGAACAAAGAACUGCUAUUCUUGAAUAAAUUAAAGCAUUUUCACAUUCUAUUAGAUUCAAUUAAAGAUAAUCUUAUUGUUGGAUGUGUUAUAAAUUAUUUUAUAGAGCUGAUUUCGAAAAUCUAUUUUUUGAAAGACUUUUAUAAUUAUGUUAAGAUCCUGUUUAAUGUGUAAGAUUAUCUGCUUUAAUUGUUAUUGAUAAAUUUAUUUAAAAAGAAGGUUUCUCAAAAGAAAGAAAAUAUUUAAAAUACUUCUUGAUUUCAUUUAUUGAUGAUUAAUGCAAAGAAAUUUAAAUUAUUCUUGCUAAAUAUAAUUUUGUGAUCGAAAAAACAAAAAAAAAGACUCUAUCAUGUAGAUCACGUAAUAGUGGAUCUUCAAACGGUCAUUUAGAGGAUAUCCCAGAAUUUGAUGAAAAAAUUGAUUAGAUUAGAAAAUCAUCUGGUAAAGUUUGA